UAGGCGUGUUUUACAUAAUCCUGCAUUGAAGUCCAUGGUCAAGGAAAUCUUAAAAUAGAAAAAGGUGAAAGGCAAACAGCUUUCAUAUGUUCCUAUAUUGAAAUCCUCACCAAUACUCCAUUUCCUGGGUUUCACCUCUCUCCUUCGUAAAUUCUGAUUUCUCCCCCACGGGAAAUCAAGGAAAAACAGGGGGUUUAAUCAUGGGGAUUUGCUGUUCUUCACGUAAUAAAGUUCCUACCACUAUUCUCGAUCCCAGUUCAGGGAUUUCACAGUCGGUCACCACUAACAAUACUACAAGCUCAUCAUUGUCGUCAUCACUGGGUGGUAGCAAUGUCUCCCGGAACAGCCAGUUUUGGUCGGCAAGCAGCGGCGAUGAUCUUGGACCAGGUGGCCAGAUCUUGCCUCAUCCUAACCUUAAAAUAUACACCUUUGCUGAACUCAAAUCUGCUACAAAGAACUUCAGAAACGACACAGUUUUAGGCGAAGGUGGUUUUGGAAAGGUUCAUAAAGGCUGGAUCGAAGAGAAAUCGAUUUCAAAACAUGGAACUGGUUCUGUAAUCGCUGUGAAGAAAUUAAAUUCCGAAAGUAUGCAAGGAAUCGAAGAGUGGCAGGCUGAGGUAAACUUUCUAGGAAGGCUUUCACAUCCAAAUCUUGUGAAGCUUUUGGGAUAUUGUUACGAAGGCAAAGAGCUUCUUCUUGUAUACGAGUUCAUGCAAAAAGGAAGCUUGGAGAAUCAUCUUUUCGGAAGAGGCUCGACAGUGCAACCGCUUCCAUGGGAUUUACGGCUCAAAAUCUUGAUAGGAGCGGCUCGGGGUCUGGCUUUUUUGCAUAGUGCAGAUAUAAAAAUUAUCUAUAGAGAUUUCAAAGCAUCCAACAUAUUACUUGAUGCGUCUUAUAAUGCAAAGCUAUCGGAUUUUGGGCUUGCUAAAAUGGCAUCAUCUAGUCAAUCGCAUGUCACAACACGGGUCAUGGGUACAUAUGGUUAUGCUGCCCCUGAAUACGUUACCACAGGGCAUUUGUAUGUGAAGAGUGAUGUGUACGGAUUCGGUGUUGUAUUAGUGGAGAUGAUAACGGGCAUGCGGGCACUUGACCAGACCCGCCCGGCUGCCCAACAAAACUUAGUGCAAUGGGUGAAGCCCUAUUUAGCCAACCGAAGGAAGUUAAAGAAUAUAAUGGACUCACGGUUGGAAGGAAGAUACCCUUCAAAAGCUGCUGCCAAUGUGGCCCAAUUAGCCCUCACGUGCCUUGCACAAGAACAAAAAGGGAGACCAUCAAUGCAAGAAGUGGUGGCAAUACUUGAAAAGGCUGAUAGUAUUAGUGAAAAGCCAAAAGUGCCUCGAAUACAUAAUUCUUAUAGAAAUGAUCGACAACAGCCUUUGCAUCAUCGGUCACCUCUUCAUGUCAAGCAAGAUGUAAGUCGGGGGAGCCAGGGCUCGCCAAGAGGGUUGUGA